AUGCUCAUCAGCGUCGAGACGGAAGAGGAAGCGAUUUCGCUCGUACACGACAUCAAGAUGAUUCACCAGGAAGGCGGCUUCGAAAUGAGAAAUUGGCUGUCGAAUUCAUCGACGGUGCUGCUAUCGCUGAAUGAAAAACCAGUGACCAAUAAAAACUUAAACGUCAAUGAUGGCCUUCCCACGGAGAAAAUUCUUGGAAUGUGGUGGGACACAGAGAAAGACUGCAUUACCUUUAAGCUCUCCUCGAAGUGCCAGGAAGAUCUCCUAUCUGGUCAACGGCGACCAACCAAGAGAGAAGCUCUUCGAAUGCUGAUGCUGAUGUACGAUCCAUGCGGAUUUAUCGCACAUUUCCUGAUGUACCUCAAGGUCUUGCUGCAGGAUAUAUGGAGCUCUGGAAUUGGCUGGAACGAUAAAAUCGAAGAGAAUGAGUUCGAAAAGUGGCUGCUAUGGCUGAAAGUCCUUCCCAAGGUAGAAGAAGUUGAAAUUCCAAGAUGCUUUCGGAUCCAGAUCUCAGUUAACGCCGAGGUACAAAUACACACAUUCGUCGACGCAAGUGAGAAUGGGUUUGCAGCCGCGGUUUAUCUGCGAUUCCGACAAGGAGCUAAUAUAGAAUGUGCGCUUGUGGCCGCCAAGACGAGAGUGGCUCCACUUCGCUUCUUGUCCAUUCCUCGAGCCGAACUUCAAGCAGCUGUCCUCGGAGUGCGACUAACGAAUGCCGUCCAAACUGCCCUGAGCUUUAAGGUGAAUCAGCGGUUCUUCCACACUGACGCCAGGGACGUGUGCUGCUGGCUGAUCUCUGACCAUAGAAGAUACAGCCAAUAUGUUGCCGUUCGAGUCAGUGAAAUUCUGGAGAGCACGGAAGUAUAUGAAUGGCAUUGGAUAUCGACCAAACAAAACGUAGCUGACUUGGGUACUAAAUGGAAAGGUUUCCCGGAUCUCAGCUCGCAAAGUCCGUGGUUUCGGGGAUCCUCGUUCCUAUCGACACCAGUAGAAGAGUGGCCUAUAACUUCGCGGCGGUAUGGAACAACUGACGAAGAACUUCGUCCUCAUCUACUUACACACAUUGUUGCACCAGAACCGUUGAUCGCGCUGGAGAAAUUCUCAAGCUGGACGACGCUAUUACGCCGAACUGCAGUGUUCGCUCGGCAAGCUUCCAACUGGAGACGAUUGGCGAAAAAGGAGCGACCACUUAGUGGACCACUCACCCACGAAGAACUGGUCAAAGCCGAAAAUUAUCUGUAUCGCAUAGCCCAAGGCGACGUGUUCGCGGACGAGGUGGCAAUCCUGAAGAUUAAUGCCUUCUCCGCAGAGAAGAAGCGAAUACCGAAGAGCAGCUCAAUCUACCGUGUCUGUCCUACACUGGACAAUCAGAAUCUGCUGCGAGUUCAAGGCCGGACAGGGGGAUGCAAGUACAUCGAUGUAGAUGCCUCCAACCCAGUAAUUCUUCCCCACGAACACACCAUAACAAAACUCGUUGUGGCGCACUUUCAUCGGCAGUUCCAUCACCAAAAUCACGAAACCGUGGUAAAUGAACUACGUCAGCACUUCUAUAUCCCACGAUUGAAAGUUGUCUACAGGAGAGUGCGUAGGGAAUGUCAGCAGUGCAAUAACGACAGCGCAACACCCUGUCCUCCAAUGAUGGCUGACUUACCAGAAGCACGGCUGGCUGCCUAUACUCGUCCAUUUACUCACACAGGUUUGGAUUAUUUUGGGCCGAUGACGGUAUCAAUCGGUCGUCGCACUGAGAAGCGAUGGGGUGUUCUAGCUACCUGUCUCACUACUAGAGCCAUCCAUCUGCAGGUCGCAUACUCACUAUCGACGGACUCGUAA